AUUUUUGAGUGCGCCGCAAGAAUCCUCCUGAACACUGGCCCGCGGACUCGCACCUACACCAUCGCGCCCGCCUCCCUUCCUCUCCCUGAGCGCGGUGAGAGCGGGAGGAGGCGCCGCAGCUUCCGCUCUUCCUGCAAUCGCCGGCACCUCCCGCCGUUACGGCCGUUGUGAGGCGCAAGAACGUCUCGCGGAUCGUGCCCGUCUCGUGCGUGGGGUCGCGAAUGUGCGCGAGGCGGGUUGCCGUUGGAAGAGCGUCGUGUCCGUCACUGCAGCGGUGCCGCGGCUGCUCCUCCUGUCGUUGUUCGCGGGGGGAGGGAGCGACGAGACGAGUUUGCUGGAGGAGCCCAAAUAGCUGGAAAAGUUGUGCCCGUUCGGUAUCCGCCAUUUCACUUCAUACGCCACUUUGGUUUGGCCGCUCGGCCGGGAAGAGCAAAGAAGAAAGGGGGGAGUGCGGGCGAGAGCAACUUGUUCCGUGCGCUGUGUGUUGCAGAUGCCGGGCGUUUGGUCAAAAAAAAAUAAAUCGAAGCAUCAAAAAUAUAUUUGAAGGAGAAAUGUGCCAUGGGAGGAGGAGAGCUGAAAAAAAUAUGGUAGAGGCAGUGGCGGCUGACCACGUCAGUUGCAGUCACAACGAAAGGCUGUGUUAAUCCCGGUGCGAGAAGGCGGGGGAAGGAGUCGGGCCGGGCCGGGCCGGGCCGGCGGAGGCCGCGGAGGGGAGUGGAGCGCAGCUUGGCAGCGACCAUGUUGGAACUUAAAUGUUGAGGAACAAUGGAUAGAACUAAAAUUCAGAAGAAAAAUGCAUUUUCAAUGGAAAUGGACCAGUAUGAAUUGCCUCAAAUCGAAGCAGUGACCCUUUAUGUGUGAGUUUACUACAAAAUAAAGCAGCACAUUCCAAUGUUGUGUUCAAAUCUAAAGGGAUGACUGACAAAAUAUGAUGGCAAAAAACAAAGAACUGCGUCCCCCAACAUACAGCAUUAGUGUGGUGGGAUUAUCAGGGACAGAGAAGGACAAAGGUACAAGUGGUGUUGGAAAGUCCUGUUUGUGCAAUCGAUAUGUGCACCCAAAAGCUGAUGAUUAUUACCCAGAGCAUACCUCAGUACUCAGCACGAUUGAUUUUGGAGGCCGUGUUGUCAAUAAUGACCAUUUUCUGUUCUGGGGUGACGUAAACCCCACAAGUGAGGAAGGAACUGAAUAUAAAGUACAAGUCAUUGAACAAACUGAGUUUAUUGAUGACCAAACAUUUCUGCCUCAUCGGAGCACAAACCUACAACUAUAUAUAAAACGAGCAGCUGUAUCAAGGUUGCAAUCAGCUGAAAAGUUAAUGUACAUCUGCACUGAUCAGCUGGGUUUGGAGCAAGACUUUGAGCAGAAGCAGAUGCCAGAUGGUAAGCUUACCAUCGAUGGCUUCCUCUUGUGCAUUGAUGUGAGCAAAGGGUGCAAUAGGAAAUUUGAUGAUCAGCUGAAGUUUGUAAAUAACCUUGUAGCUCAGCUGGCUAAAACAAAAAAACCAGUUGUUAUAGCAGCAACAAAAUGUGAUGAAUGUGUCGAUCACUAUCUGCGUGAAGUGCAGGCUUUUGCAACCAACAAAAAAACCAUUCCUGUUAUAGAAACUUCAGCACGGUUUCAUGUGAAUGUGGACUUGUGCUUUGCUACUUUAAUUCAGUUGUUGGAUAAAACGCGGGGAAAGCCGAAGAUUAUUCCAUAUUUGGAUGCUUACAAGCAACAAAGGCAACUUGUUGCUUCAGCAACAGACAAGUUUGAAAAGUUAAUUGUCCAUGCUGUAAAAGAUUAUCAUGCAGAUUGGAAAAUGAUUAGUAAUAAAUUGAAAAAUCACCCUGAUUAUGAAGAGUAUGUAACGCUGGAGGGAACGAAGAAGGCAAAAAACACAUUUUCUAAGCACAAAGAACAGCUCAAACAGGAACAUGUUAGAAAGCGAUGGGAGGAAUAUAUCGCAUUGUUACCAAAAGCUCUAAAUAUACUUCUUCCUGAGCUUGAAGAGAUUGAAAAGUUGAACUGGUCAGAAGCUCAAAGUAUUUUGGAACAGAGCCCUGACUUUCCUCUCUGGUUUGUUGUGUUGGAAAAAACACCCUGGGAUGAAACUGACCACAUUGAUAAUAUGAAUGAUAAAAGACUUCCCUUUGACCUCCUCAGCACAUCGGAGGGAGAAAAGGUUUAUAAUAACCACGUGCAACAUUUGAUUUCUGAGAGGCGAAGGUUUGAAAUGAAAGAAAGGUUUAAGAAGCACCUUGAAAAGGUACAGUUCAUAACACCUGGGAAGCCCUGGGAAGAUGUAUUAUGUUUUGUCAUGGACAACGAAGCUUGCAAGUUUAUAAUUGAUGCUGAUCGUCGAGAGGUUUACAGUGGACAUCAACGAGAAAUAGUUGAAAAAGCAAAAGAGGAAUUCCAGGAAAUGCUUUUUGAACAUUCAGAACUUUUUUAUGAUCUAGAUCUCAAUGCAACACCCAAAAUGAAUGAAAUUAAUACAGUUCUAAGUGAAGAACCAAGAUAUAGAGCUUUACAAAAACUUGCACCAGAUCGGGAAUCUCUUCUAUUAAAACACAUAGGAUUUGUCUACCACCCAACUAAAGAAACAUGUCUGAGUAGUCAUAAUUGCAUGGACGUAAAGGUGGAACAAUUACUUUCUACCAGCCUAAUACAGUUUGAUAACAAUCGGCCACAGAUGUAUCAGGAUUGUGCCAAUAUUGAUAAGCUUAUCCUUGUUCUCUUAGGCAGGGAUGGGCUUGCACAGGAACUAGCCAAUGAAAUCAGAGUGCAAUGUACUGAUGAUGAGUACACUUUGGAUGGUAAGAUUUAUGAACUGGAUCUUCAACCAGUGGAUCUCAACACUUUUGUAUCAUCUGGUCUGACAACAGUACAUCAACCUCAUGGCUAUUUCUGUGUUUAUAACACUACAGAGUCACUUGGUUCUAUGGCAGAUUGCAUAGAACGGAUCAGAAGUGAAACUACCCCAAAUAGGAAAGGCAAGUUUACAGCCAAUCUUUCAUUUACAGUUAUAUUAGCAAACCAGAGAGACAUUGGUAGCAAGAACUUGCCAAUUUUAAGACUUCAAGGACAGCAACUUGCCAAUAAGUUGCAAUGUCCAUUUGUUGAUGUACCAUCUGGAACCUAUACUCGCAAAUUUCAUGAAUUCCAAAUAAAGCAAGCUCUUAGAGGACUCCUGGAAGCGUUGAAAAACAACUUGAAUAUUGUUAGUCCUUUGCCCAGUAUUAAAGAUCUGUCAGAAGCUGACUUGAGAAUUGUAAUGUGUGCCAUGUGUGGGGACCCAUUCAAUGUUGACUUAAUUCUUUCGCCAUUCUUGGAAUCUCAGUUUUGCAGUGCUGCUCAGCCUGGUCACAAUAAUUCACUACUGCUUGAGAAAAUCAUUGGUGAAAAGCGUAAAAGAAUCCAGAUUUCAAUACUUUCAUACCACUCAUCUAUUUGUGUACGAAAGGAUGAGUUAGUCCAUGGGUAUAUUCUGGUUUAUUCAGCAAAAAGAAAAGCCUCCAUGGCAAUGCUCCGUGCUUUUUUGGCAGAAGUGCAGGAUGUCAUUCCAGUCCAGCUUGUGGCAGUUACUGAUAGUCAAGCUGAUUUUUUUGAAAAUGAAGCAAUUAAAGAGUUGAUGACUGAGGGUGAGCACAUAGCGACUGAGAUAGCUGCAAAAUUCACUGCUAUUUAUUCUCUAUCACAAUAUCAUAGACAAACUGAGGUAUUCACACCAUUCUUCAGUGAAGUUCUGGAGAAGAAAAAUUGCAUUGAAAAUUCAUAUGUAUUUGACAGUACCAGAGAAUCCACUAAUGCAAGUGAGGACUUUUCCAUGUCUCCUCGAGCAAGCUCUCCAGCUUGCAAUUAUUAUCCUGAUUCAGAAGAUGACAAUGAAGCACCCCCACCAUACAGCCCUAUUGGGGAUGAGGUGCAGUUGCUUCCAUCAUCCAAUGAUCGUUCCAAACAUCGAUCAGAUUUUGAAGGGUCCGAAUAUCCAGUUCAUAGCAGUCCAAUUGUUAAUCAUGACAACCAUAAAGUGCCUCCACCCAUCAAACCCAAACCUGUUGUUACGAGGCAUGAUGUGAGAAAACUUGAUCCAAAUCUGGUGAAAACCAUUGAACAGGUAAUUGGUAAGAAUCCAAAGAGAAACAAUCGAGCACCAUUUGGCCAUCCAGAUGACCUAGAUCCAACUGACAAUUACUCAGUCCCAAGAGAUUCUUUGUUAAAACCUAGAGUGGACGAUGAAAUAUAUGCCAUCCCCCAAGAUUCAAAAACUUCUAAGAUCAUAAAAAAGUCAACUUUGACCGGAGGAAAUAAUUCUCAAGGUGAAGAAGAAAAUGGCUUAAUUGAUCGAUUGUCAAAGCAACCAAUAAUACGGAAGCCUUCAAAGUACAAAUACAAAUCCAAGACUCUAUUUCGAAAGGCUAGAUUAUACUAUAGAAGGCGAGAACGCUUUGAUGCUUAUGACGAUGAAACUGUGCCAUCUUCACGCAAGCCAAAGAAAGGAAAAAACCAUCGUGGGAGUGAGGAAGAUCCUUUACUGUCCCCAGAUAGUUGUGGGAAAGCAGGGAUUGAUAACCCUGCUAUUGCUUCUGAUCCAGAAGUUGAUGAUGUAAGGAGGCCUAAGAAAGAUAAGAAAUCAGCAAAACCAAAGCCACAAAAGCCAAACAAAAAGGGGCAGAGGCCUGCACUACCCGCAAGAAGAAAUUGGGAGAGUAAUUACUUUGGGGUUCCCCUUGAAGAAGUGGUUACUCCUGAUAAUCCUGUACCAGCUUUUAUUGAACGAUGUGUGGAGUACAUUGAAUCGACAGGUUUGAACAAUGAAGGACUUUAUCGUGUAAGUGGAAACAGGACUGAUCAAGAUAAUAUUCAAAGGCAGUUUGAUCAAGAUCACAAUAUUGACCUUGUCGCAAUGGAUGUCACUGUUAAUGCUGUAGCAGGAGCCCUUAAAGCUUUCUUUUCUGAUUUGCCUGAACCACUAAUUCCUUACAAUUUACAUUCAGAACUGUUGGAAGCUACCAGACUGAUUGACAUGUCAGAAAAGCUGAAUGCCUUUAAGGAAUUGUUGAAAAAGUUUCCUGUUGUGAACUACGAUGUUUUCAAAUAUAUCAUUACCCAUCUCAACAGAGUUAGUCAGCAGAGCAAAAUAAAUCGUAUGGUGGCAGAUAACCUUGCCAUUUGUUUUUGGCCUACAUUCUUGAGACCAGAUGCCCUUACCAACGCUGCAGUCAAUCAGUCUACAAUUGAGACAUUUAUUCAGCAAUAUCAGUUCCUCUUUUACAAUGGGGAUAUUGUAGAGACAUUUACCCCUCCCGGGGCACCUUGUACAGGUCAGUUGGUAGAACCAUUAUUACCACUGCCAUCGUUGCCACCACCGCCACAGCCAUCAUCUCAACAGUUUCCGUCGGAGAUGCAGACAGAUCAACUUGAUGCUAUAUGAGCAAAAUAGGAACAGACCAUAUUACAAGAAGACAUUUUGACUAAACUGGUAUUUCAAGUCUCGUUUCUAAUGUCUGGAAAACCUAAAAAGGUUAGGCAUUUGCAAACUAUAAUAGCAUCAUGGUUUUAAAAUCAAUCUAGCAUUCAUUUCCUCACAAUCCAAAGGAAACACGUGUAAAUGUGCAGAUCAAUAUGAUUUCUAAAAUCUACUGUACAAAAUAAACUGGCUGCAAUAAAUACAUUCCACUUGCUGCAUGAAAGAAAAUAAAUCUUGACAGUUUCUGUGGAUUCUUCAGUUGUUUUCUUCACAAACUUUUUGACAGUUGUGAAUAAGAGUUUAUGUAUACACGAAAUUGUACAAAAUGAAGUCCAAUAUAUUUCUCAGCCAACAAUGUUAAAGAACACUCAUCUGUUUGACUGGAUUUGACCUUUUAUUUGUGAUGUUUUGAAAGUCAUUGUGUUUGUGUCCUGACAUUUUUGUGUGGGUGGGUAGAUGGAUAUGCUGUAUUAUGGCAGCCUCCCAACAUUUGCACUGCUUCUGAAAAUGUAGUUUUAAGAAAAAUUGCCAGGUGCUCUGUAAAAGACGUGUCCACUGCACCUUCUGUUUACUGGUAAUAGAGCUGUGGUAGUUCUUUGUAUGGGAAGAAUCCACUUAUUUUAAUGACCAACAGCACAAGGAUCAGUUCAGGAGAAAAAAAGAAACUGAGCUUAAAAUUACUGCAGUUUUAUCCUGUCAUUACAUUUGUUUCAUUUAAAGGAUAAAAUGUAGACAUUUUAUAAUAUCCUUAAUUGUUGGAAAGUAAUGCAUGUGUUUAAUUCUGGUUGGUCUUGUACCUUAACCGUAUGCAUUUUUAGAAAUACAUUUCCUCUUUGGGAUGGAGGAGAAGAAUAUCUGGUGUACAUAAGUCAUUUUUCAUAAGAGAUUGUAAAUCUUUCCAUAAUUUUCAAUUAUACAGCUUUCACGUUGUGUUUGCAAUAAAGAUGGUGUAUUAAAUGACUUUAAGUAUGACUUAUUUCUGUUAACUCAUUUUAAUGUGAUUCUAGCAGGCAACCUGUUAAAUAUUGCUCACAGCAAUAAAUAUUUUGUGUAUUGCCAAUUACACACAGUUCAUAUAUAAUUUGUCAAACUUGUAUUCAUAUUACUUGUGGUAUCUUGUACUCUAACAUGUUUGGUUUAUUUUGGCUCUAAUUGUGUAAAUUACAAAUGAGAAAUAUUUUAUUUUAAAAGCCAGGUUUUUUUUAAAUCGGUACACAAUUGAUGUAAAAUGAUUCUGCUUUCAGUAGAUAUUUUGUUAAUUUCAUUAAAUGUUGCAAGUUUUUUCCUAAAAGUUAAUGUAAAAUAUAUUGAUAAGCUGAAUGGUGUGAAUUGGAACUUGGGGAAGCUGGCUGUAUGAAGAACAUUAAUUUUGCUUUAAUCCAUAAACUGAUAACAUUUGCAACUCGUUAUCAGAUAUCAUAUUUCCUUUCAGAGAAUUGUUAAUCAAUUCUGUUCUGCUGGUAGUAUAAUUUGUGUAGGGUUGGGUCCUAGUUAAUGAAAAUUAUUCAAUUGCUCUGUUUGCUCAGUGGAACUGGUUGGAAAACUUGAGAUUUUGACAUCGUCUACAAUGUAUUACAGUCAAUAAAUCAUUUGAGAAGCAAA